AGUCAAGUGUCUUUCAUAUAUUUAUUGUAAUUUUCACGUUGAAUUCUAUCGAAUUUCUAUAAAACAAAAAAUGUUGCGUUUAACCAGUCAAAUUGUACGAAACCAAAAUAGCCUAGUGGCUAUCAAUGCUUCAAGAUGCCUGGCCACGGCUGCUAAGCUAAAUGAAGCACCACCGAAAAAGCCGAAAGCGGAUAAGGCCAUUGCGCCAAAUAAAUCGUUUGUUGCCAAUUUCUUCCGUGGCAAAGUUGAGUCUUCUCAAGUUUUUCCAUAUCCAUAUAACUUAACCGAAGAGGAAAGAGAGACGCUAAGCAUGGUCAUUGAUCCCGUAACACGAUUUUUUGUGGAUGUAAAUGACCCAUUAAAGAAUGAUGAUGCAGCAAACAUCGAUCAAAAUACUAUGGACGCAUUGUGGGAGCUCGGUGCAUUUGCCAUUCAAGUACCGACUGAACUUGGCGGAAUGGGAGCCAAUAACACACAAUACGGUCGUCUGUGUCAAAUUGUCGGUGCAAAUGAUUUGGGCGUGGGUAUCACUAUUGGUGCUCAUCAAAGUAUCGGUUUCAAGGGUAUUUUGUUGUACGGCACCGACGAGCAAAAGAAAAAAUACUUGCCACAAUUAUCAACUGGCAAAGUGGGCGCUGCGUUUGCAUUGACUGAACCGGCAUCAGGAUCAGAUGCUGCAUCGAUUCGUUCACGUGCAGUGUUGUCGCCAGAUGGCAAGCAUUAUAUUUUGAAUGGAUCAAAGAUUUGGAUCUCAAACGGUGGAUGGGCCAACAUUAUGACAGUAUUCGCUAAAACCGAGGUAACCGAUCCGAAUACCGGAGAAAAAAAAGACAAAAUCACUGCUUUCGUUGUUGAACGUGGAUUUGGAGGUGUUACCAAUGGUCCACCAGAGAAGAAAAUGGGCAUCAAGUGCUCAAACACUGCUGAAGUUUACUUCGAAGAUACCAAAAUCCCAGUUGAGAAUGUAUUGGGCGGUGUUGGAAAUGGAUUCAAAGUUGCCAUGAACAUUUUGAACAACGGCCGUUUCGGUAUGGCUGCAUCAUUGUCAGGUACAAUGGCUGCUUGCAUCAAAAAAGCCGCUGAACAUGCAUCAAACCGUGUACAAUUCGGCAAGAAGAUUGAAGAGUACGGUGCUAUUCAAGAGAAAUUAGCCCGCAUGGCUCUUCAUCAAUAUGCCACCGAGUCAAUGGCAUUCAUGAUCUCGAGCAACAUGGACGCAGGAAGCAAAGAUUACCAUUUGGAAGCAGCCAUUUCAAAGGUGUUUGCUUCGGAGUCGGCAUGGUUUGUUUGUGAUGAAGCCAUUCAGAUUCUCGGUGGAAUGGGAUACAUGAAACAAACCGGACUGGAAAAAGUGCUUCGUGAUUUGCGUAUUUUCCGUAUCUUCGAAGGUUCCAAUGACAUUCUCCGAUUGUUUGUGGCUUUAUCUGGCAUUCAAUUCGCUGGUGCUCAUUUGAAGGAAUUGCAACGAGCAUUGAAGAACCCAGCAAACAACCUUGGAUUGUUGUUCAAAGAAGUUUCGAAGAGAGCGUAUCGCAAGGCUGGCAUUGGUGGAGUUGAUUUCACUGGCUCUGUUGACUCAAGCCUCGCUGAUUCGGCUAAAUUGAUUGGUCAGUCAAUCGACGCCUUUGGUCAAACUGUCGAGAGUUUGCUCGUCAAAUACGGUAAAAACAUAAUCGAUCAACAAUUCCUCCUAAAGUGCUUGGCUGACCAAGCCAUCGACAUCUACGCCUCAGCAUGUGUGUUGUCACGAUGCUCACGAUCAAUUGAACAAGGCUUGGAAUCAGUUGAACACGAGAAACUCCUAACCAAAGCAUGGUGCACAGAAGCUGCUGAACGAUUCAUAAGCAAUAACAAGAAGAUUCAUGACACACGCUACACGACAAUUUAUCCAAAAUACACACAAAUUUCAAAGAAUAUUUGCGCCGCUCAAGGCGUUGCCAAUUCAAAUCCGCUCAACGUUUAAGCGAAUAAGUUAAUUUAUUUAAGAUUGAUGGUUCUUCUUCUGACGAGAAUAUUUCUUCUUUUGUUCUAAUAUCCUUCGGGAUAAGUUAAGUAUUAUAAAUACAAAUGGAUCACAUAUCCGGUUCGGUUCAUUCUUUGAUCCAUUGAUGCCCUUUUCUCUGUGUGUGUGCGUUUUUUUGGAUAUAUUUAAUAAGAUUGUCUUUCAAAUGCCAGAAACCACUUGUAUAUUAAAUAAAUUGUAUAUUUUGAGUAAAGAUAAA